AUGAAUCACGAACCUAAUGACUCAAAUCCAAAAGAGCAUGUUGUAAACACUGCUGAGGAUAGAUCGGAUCAAGACCGUCCGACCAAAGCGCAAAGCAAUGUCACCAUCGUCAGCUGUUAUAUCGCGAAUUUUAGUGAUGGUUUCCAAAACACUCUGGCCAACCCGACUAAUGUGAUCUUCAAAGAUCUCCUGGGCGCCAGUGCCUUCUCAUCAGUGAUGAAAACGCGCAUUAGCAAUUCACUUAUCGUCGGCGCAAUCCUGGGUGUGGUCGUCUUGGGAUAUACCUCUGACAUGUUCUCCCGACGGGGCGGACUGAUGUUUACUUCCUCACUCGUGGCUAUUGGCACUCUGAUGUCGACACUCGCGUUGCAGGUACACCCAUCCCAGAAUAUGUUAUGGUAUUUUGUGGUGGCUCGUGGAAUCGCAGGAUUUGGUGUGGGGGGUGAAUACCCUCCCAGUGCAGCAGCUGGAAUCGAAGAGUCCGAUGAUUUAAUGAGCAAAUAUCGCGGCCCAAUCUUUGUAUCAUUCACCACGUUGAUGGCCACGCUCGCCGGUCCGAUCUUGCAGAUUAUUUACCUCAUCUGUCUCAUUGCCAGCAACAAUAAUCUGACAAUUACCUUUCAUGCGAUCUAUUCCAUUGCCACCAUACUUCCUGUCGCUAUUAUCAUCCUGCGCUUUUUCAUGGUGGAUUCAUCAUUAUUCCGCCGCUCCAACUUGACGAACCAACGUCGUUCCCCCAAAAUUUAUCUGCUGCUCGCUCGCCGCUAUUGGUGGAGGAUAUUCACCACUUCAUUCGCCUUUUUCCUCUAUGACUUUAUCAACUUUCCCAACAGCAUCAUGUCGAGUAGCAUCCUUUCUACGCUUGUCAAGGAUAAUGACAUCCGGCAGACUGCAAUCUGGCAGGUUAUUCUCGCCGUUCUGCCCGUCCCUGGUGUCGUGAUCGGCGCUUGGCUAACCAAUGUCAUCGGACGGAGAAAUACGGGCAUACUUGGGUUUGCUGGGUACGUGGUGCUAGGCUUUAUUAUCGGAGGAACCUAUGCCAAAUUGUCCAAGAAUAUUGCCGCCUUCGUUGUCCUAUACGGAUUAUUGCAGGCAUUUGGACACAUGGGUCCCGGUGCGACCAUUGGCUUGAUCUCUACAGAGUGUUUCCCCACGGCGGUCCGCGGGAUGGGAUAUGGAAUCGCCACGGCUUUUGGGAGAACAGGGGCUGCGGUCGGAACCCAGUGUUUCACUCCAUUGGAAGAUGCCUAUGGAAUCAGUUCGACCUUUUAUCUUCUAGGUGCAGUUGCCGUUCUCGGUAUUCUGGUGUACUGUCUUUUGCCCGAGAGCAGCAAGCUAGAUCUCGCCCACGAAGACAGAAUGCUGGAGGAGUACCUGGCCGAACAUGGAUACCAUAUCGAGAAGGGCGAUCGGGUGGAAUCUUAA